AUGGACCCGUUAGACCCAGAAUAUAGCUUCAAAUUCCUGACAGGUGGAGCACCUAUCAAGAUUGAAAAGGUGUUGGAUAUAGAGGUCAAGGCAGACUCUCUAAAGACCACUGCCAUAGUGGCCGCCGUGGCCACUACCGUGUUGGCCGGUGCCGCCGCCGCAUACUAUUGGUUCCAAAAGAUGGAGGAUGAGAGCGAGCAGCAGCACGAAAAUGUCGAGGAUGGCGCCGAGAUUGAGGACGAUGACGAGGAGGAGGAAGACACAAUCAUUACGACAAUGACAACGACGACCACAACCACAUCCUAUCUGGCGCCAGCGCAGCCAAUAUCAACAUCGACCACAUCAAACACCUCGACCCGUCUGCCUCUUCAGCCGCCAAAGCCCACGGCCAUGCCCACCAAGCUCACUGACGACAAUGGUCUGCCGUUACCCCUGGAAGAGCAGAACAAACUUCUACUCUCAGAGAACAAGAGUUUAAAGAAGGAUAUGGAGAAUAUGAAUAAUUGGGUUAACGAUCAAAUGUCUGGCUUUGAGGACAGACUAUCUCGGUUGGAGAUAAACAAUUACAAGCGAGUACGUGACUUGGAGUCGGAUUUGGACAAGGAGAGAUUUUGUGGCAUAUGCCAAGAGCAUGAGAAGCAGGUCUGCUGGACAACAUGUGGCCAUAGACUAUGUGCAAGAUGCGCCGUAGUCAUCAAGAGCUCACUCAGCCCAAUAUGUCCACACUGCCGGCAUCCGGUCGACAACUUUGUCCGAUGUUAUAACACAUAA